AUGGCAUGCGAACUUGCACAAAAGAACAUCAGGGUGAACUCGCUGUCACCAGGUUUUAUUGAUACACCCAUGGUGGCACCAGUAUUGUCUGCGCAACCGCAACUUCAAGCUAUAUGGUCAGAACAAAGCUUCAUGAACAGGCUUGGCAAGCCUCACGAGCUGCGUGGAAUUGUGACAUGGCUGGCAUCCGAUUCAUCGAGCUUUUGCACGGGAAGCAACAUUGUUGUUGACGGUGGAUAUACCGCAUGGUAG